GGGGAAAGGGGUGAGGUGGCCACGAGCCUGUCCGCUGAUGUCACCGCCGAGCUAUAAAAACGGCCCGGUGUGUGCGAGCGAGUGAACUUAAAAUGCACAGCUGCACAAGCUAACGCUUAGUCUAAUAACCAACCCUACUCCCACUUCUGUCCCCCUCUCCCUGAUUAGCCAUCGCUACUUGCCUUAUAUGGUUAGCUGAAACCGCCAUUCCAUGAGCCAUAUUGGCCGCUCCUCCUGCCGUACGUAAUUGAUCGAUCACCAUCUCCUCACAUUAGUUUGGUGCGAAUUAACGGUUUGAUAUUACCGGCCGGUGUGUACGUACGUGCAAUGGCUUCUUCGGCCGCUUCAUCUUCCUCCAUUGUUUGGCGCCUCCUAUUCGUCUUCAUGUCCUUCUUCCAAGGGACGACGUUGGUGUCCGGCGCGACGACGUUCACGUUCACGAACCGGUGCGGCGGCACGGUGUGGCCGGGCGUGUUGGCGAACGCGGGCAGCCCGGCGCUGGACACCACGGGGUUCGCGCUGGUCUCGGGCGAGUCCCGCUCUCUGUCCGCGCCGCCGGGGUGGUCGGGCCGCUUCUGGGCGCGCACGGGCUGCGCCUUCGACUCCGACGCCGGCUCCGGCAAGUGCGCCACGGGCGACUGCGGCACGGGCGAGGCCGAGUGCCACGGCGCCGGCGCCGCCCCGCCGGCCACGCUGAUCGAGUUCACGCUCGCGGGCGCCGGAGCGCCGAAGCAGGACGACUACUACGACGUGAGCCUGGUGGACGGGUACAACGUGCCCGUGGUGGUGGAGGCGGCCGGGUGCCCGGCCACGGGGUGCGCCGCGGACCUCGACGAGCGGUGCCCGCCGGAGCUGAGGGCGACGGGCGGAUCAGGGUGCCGGAGCGCGUGCGAGGCGUUCGGGCGGCCCGAGGACUGCUGCAGCGGGCCGGAGUUCGGGAGCCCCGGCGCGUGCCGGCCGUCGGCGUACUCGCAGGUGUUCAAGGCGGCGUGCCCGAGGGCUUACAGCUACGCCUACGACGACGCCACCUCCACCUUCACCUGCUCCGGCUCCGGCGCCUACUCCGUCACCUUCUGCCCCCGCGCCGGUGCCACGCUCAGCAGCCAGAAGUCGAGCAUGGACCCGACGAUGCCGAGGCCGAACGACUUGGACGACAGCGCGCGGCUCGCGGCAGACUCUUGGCUGGCGAGCCUGGCGACCGGCGAGACUGACGCCGCGACGACCAUGACGGCGGCGUCGGCGUUCCAAGCAGCGCUGGCAGCUGCGACCGUUGUGGCCUUGCUUGUGUCACACUAGCUAGCUAACUAGUAAGACCAAGAAGAGUGGAGUAGGUCGAGGACGAUGGAGCAUAUAUUCUUUAGCCUUUUGCUUGUGGAUAGAGGGGGCAGGGAUCAGGGAUUGUUGACUAGUGUGCAGUGGUGCUGUUGCGAUGGUGUCGGCCAACUAUAGCACGCUAUGCACUAGUUAAUUUGCUUCUGGAAUUCUUGUGUAUAAAUACAUCGUUUCUUUUCAGUUUUCAGUUUAUGUCUCUUCUCGUCACAUGCUGUAUUCUGAGUAUGGUAA